AUGCUUUCCAUACGUCUUUCAACACUAUUUCGGCGAACGCCAUUUUCUCUAAUCCGUUCGGCGCAUUCUAGUCGUCUUGAUCUUGAUCAAUUACUCGAACGACUCGAUGGGGAAGCCCAUCGUCGUGGUCGAUUGAAUCCCGGUCUCGUCCGCGGUGCCAUGCAUAAAGCAGCUGUCGAACUAAAUGCACUCAAUCCCACUCAAGCUCUCCUUCUCAUUCGCUGCAUGGGCUCUUUAUUAAUCAGUGAAUUACCCUACCAAAGACAACAAGUACUCGAUUAUAUGAUGAAAACCUUUAAACAAAAACACGUGUCAUUCGAUGUCACUCACUACAAUUCAUACAUGCGUGUUUCACUACAAAAUAAUCAUUUUUUCGAUCCAAUGAAAGUUUUAGACGAGAUGAAACAGAUGCACAUAGCACCGAAUUUGACCACGUUUCGAUUAUUGAUUGAAUGUUAUGCAAAACAAGGUCGAUCCGAUGAGAUACAAAAAGUUCUGAACGAAAUGAAAACGUCGAAGUUCAAUAUCGAACCAGUGACGUUAACCCAUUUAUUAAGUUCUUACGCAGAGAAAGGUGAAGUGGAACGCUUGGAAAAUAUCUUCAAACUGUUCGAUGAACUACAAUUGAAACCUAUAUCUGAAACUUACGAACAAUUCGUUACUGGGUAUUUGAUACAAGGAAAUGUCGACCAAGCAAAGAAAUACUUUGUUGAAAAUUCGUCAAAAAUGGAUAAUGAUACGUUAUUCCGAUUGAUUAUUAAAUGUGCACAAUGCCGACAGAAAGAUCUAUUCGAAUUAAUCAUUCAAUCAAUUGAUAAGAAUAGUUUAGCAGAUAUUUGUGUCCAAUACAUUCUUUGUGCAACUGAAUUGCUUGAUGCUAAUCUCGAUGAUUACGCAUUUCUUCUCGUUGAUUCGUUUCCAAAACGUGAUGAAACUCUUCGUUUCGAUGUGAUUAAUCUGACUCUAUUGAAUCUACUGAAGCUUCGUUUACCAGCACAUCAUUUUCGUCCGUUUUCGACCCUGACACUUGAAGAUAUUCGCAAUCAUUCCGAUUCUUCAAUCAACUACAAAUGCGAACGCGAAUCGGUCACCAAAGAUCAUCUGAACAACUUUCGACAAUCUGUCCUCAAACGAGCUGUUAAUUUCAGUGAAAACAAAGAUCGCUGGCUUGCUGUUCAUCAACUACUUUACCAUGCAUAUCAAAGUCACCUUCCUCUUGCAUACAUCUAUGCAAUUUAUGAUACAAUGCAGCAACAAAAUUACGCCUACCGUCCUCACUAUAUCCGUCCAAUGUUAAUCAAACUUCAACGCAUAUUCGCUGGUAAUAGUCAAGAAAUGGUCAACAAGACGAGUCAACUUUUAGGUUAUUUACAAAGAAAAUUCUCAUUGAAAUAUGAUAAUGAAACAUUAGAAUGUAUCAUUGAACAUUUCUUCGAUCGUGCUCAUUUGAAUCCGUUGGAAACUUCUUUGAUAUUUAAAAAAGUCAAUAUUAAUUUAAAUAACACUUGGCAAAAUCUUUAUCUUUCAACAUUGAAGCGAAUUAAUACCAAUUUGUUAAACUCUCUUGUUGCAUUCAUUCAAUCGAAUAAAACCAUUCGUUUUGAAUAUACACCGAUCGUUCGCGAACAAACGAUUCAAGCUGUCCAGUCAUUAAUCAAUCAAUUAAGUGUCAAUCACACGAAAACGAACUCGAAUGAGACAUUCAAUGAACUAAAGAUCAUCAUAGAUUUCGUUGAAACGUUAAACAAACGAUUUGUUAAGAGUUCGGAUGAUAUUAUUCGGUUGAAUGAUGGUGUCUUAAUCAGUAUGAUCAAUUGGUUUUUGGAGAAAGACCGAAAACAAAGUAUUGAUUUAUUGCGAAAGGUUUUCCAGUUAUGCGAGCAACGUUCGCAAACGAUUCCCUUGAGUAAUCAAACGAAGGAGAAGAUCUAUCAACAAUUAGGUAUGAAAACACCUGCCGAAGUCAAUGACCAACUUCUGAAUACCUUCCAAGGCAAACGAGAAGAAAAGUGUAGCGAAGUUUCAUCAUCCGAUAGUGAAAUAUCCUUUGAUGAUAGUGGAGAUAUCUACAUUAAAUCAAGAAAAACUGCACGAAAUUCAACGAUUGAAGAACUUGAAGAACAAUUAGUUGAUUUGAAACGAAAAAACACGAAUACAAGUGGAAUAAUUAGUAAAUUAUUAACAAAAUAUUGUGUCGAAUGUUUGGAUAUCGAACGCACGCUGAGUGCACAAAUGCGAGAAUCGUAUAUGAAACGAAUUGCCGAAUUGGAAAGUAUCUAUUUCGAUAAAACCAAAACAUCCGGUUUUCCAUCACUAGGUGUGAUUGCCAGUUUAAUUGAUUAUUACUCCCGCGUGGACUUGAACCUUGAUAAAGUGAUUUCCUACAUAAACCUAUCGAAUGAAAUCGAUCCGAAAUUUAAAUUAGAUCCACAUAAAUCGAUCAGCGUUGUUCGUUUACUCCUACAUAAAGAUUCUUUUGACAAAGCAAUGGAUUUACUGCAAUCAUUAGGACGAUAUGACACAGUUCCGAAUUAUAUCUAUCGUCGUGUACGAGAUUUACUACUUGAUGCGUAUCGUAUCCUUUCUUUCCAACAAUUUCAAGAGUUAGCGAAGAAAUUAUUCGAAAAAAAUUACGUAGAUCCAUCAUCAAUUGUGCUUUCAUUACUCGUGCGCAAGUCUUAUCAAGAAAAUGGACCAUUGCCAGCAUUUGAAACUAUCAAAAAUCUUUUUGCUCAGUACAAUAAUCUCGUGGGAAUAUUUCCGAUCAUUCGCAAAUUACUUCGAGAUGAUUGUACAGAAGAAUUAAAACAGGUUUUGAUUAAGAUUGGUCAAAUCCGCUCGCGGACUUAUGCAUAUGAACAAUUAGCCUUUGUCUUGAUUCACGAACGUCGUUUAGCGGAAGCAAUGAAAAUCUGUCAUCAUAUAAGUCGUGCGACAUUCGAAGAACAUUGUCAGCGGUACGUUCGGGAGCUAUUUGCAUUCCCUGCCGACUUCACACCUAUUGAUGAAGAAUCCAUCGCAUCCAAUCAUCCGCUAAUUAAUGAUAUCUACGAAAGUAACCAUGUUUUUGAUAUGAAUGCAAUUUCACUUGUUCAUUUUCUUGAUUACAUUGAGCAAUAUCCAUUGAAUGCUCGACAAUUAUCGAUUGAUACUUUAUUCUUUAGUUUAUUCAAAUCAUAUGAGAAAAUCAAUCGAUUAGAUGAGUUUACGAAAUUAAUGCGUGAACAUUCAUCGAAAUAUGCAGGACAUUUAUCAUCGAAAACAAAAGAUGCACUCAGUCAAGCCGGAAUCACUCUACCAAUCAAAUCAUUAUCUUCGCCUAAACAAUCAAUGAAACGUUCUCAUAAAUACGAAAGAUUUCUCCAUGAUCAUGAUUAUGAACAAGAUUCUUCCACACAAGCUUCGAAUAUGACUGGAGUACAACUGAAUACCGUUAUCUCUCAAUUAAAAGCCUAUGCACCACUCUAUCUCGCGGAUCAAUCAUGGGAUAAUGUUGGAUUACUCGUCGAGCCGUAUGACGACAACCCAUUGAUACAAAGAAUCUUCUUUACAAAUGAUCUAACUGAGCCAGUGCUCGAAGAAGCAAUUGAAAAACAUGCGCAACUGAUCGUCAGUUAUCACCCGCCGAUAUUCAGUUCGCUAAAACGUUUAACACAGAGUAGUUGGAAAGAGAGAAUUAUCUUAAAAUGUAUUCUGCAUGGCAUUGCUGUGUAUUCACCACACACAUCAUGGGAUGCAGUGGAAAACGGCGUGAAUCAAUGGCUGAUAUCCGCAUUUGGCACAAAUGAACAAGAUUAUAUAUCGCGACCGAUUCAAACAGUGACCGAAAACAAUACGCCGUCAAGCAAUCAGCAAAUGUUAACUAUAACUUUGCCAGAAGAUGAAAAAACAGAUGCAAUCACGAACAUCAAAGAUGUGACGAUUAUUAACGAAAUUCCUUGUCGUACAACUAAUGGUCCUGCACGUCAAGUGUCCGUCUCCUGUCCACCUCAAGCGAUAACUUCGAUUUUGGAUUUAUAUCACGAUGAAGAUAAUAUUCGUAAAACAAUUCAAAUUGUUAACGUGCAAAAACCAGUAGAUUCUCGUCAAGGUUACGGUCGUAUAAUAACACUAAAUCAACCUCUAACUAUUCGACAGGUUAUUGUCAACGUGAAACAGUUAACCGGUCUUGAACAUGUUCGUCUUGCACUAGCGAACGAUAAGACAAUUGAUUCUCCAAUAAAAACCAUUGCUGUUUGUGCUGGUUCAGGUUCAAGUGUAUUUUCCAAUGCACGCAAUGCCGAUAUUCAAUUAACUGGCGAACUUUCUCAUCAUGCGGUUCUAGAUGCUAUCCAUCGGGGUACAACUGUCAUCUUAUGUGAUCAUACAAAUACAGAACGAGGAUUUUUGAAAGUUGUCAAAGAACAUUUCGAACGCAUAUGGGAUGCCACUCAAGUUCAAUUAAUUAUCUCACAACGUGAUAAAGAUCCAUUAGACAUUGUCUAA